AUGGUGGCUGCCUCGCCGGAGCAAGUUCCGGUGAGCUCCGAUGAGGUUGAAAAUCAACAUUUUAGCUCGGGUAUUGUUCUUGAGAGCGAAAUAGACGGUGGUAAUAUUUCCAUAAACCCGGAAUAUUUGAGGGGGAGUUCGUCGGAUAAUAAUUUGGGUCGUGGGCAUCGUGAAAAGAGACCUCCUUCGUGGCAUCGGAAUUAUGUUACUCAUACUAUCAAUACUGAAAAUAUAGACCCCUCCACGACAAAUAUCGACCCUCCUCAAUCACAUUCCUCAGGUAAACCUUUCCCUAUAGCUUGUCAUGUUGAAUAUAAUAAUUUUUCUAACAGACAUAGGUGUUUUCUGGCAACGAUCACUAAGGUAAAGGAAUCGUCUUCAUUCAAAGAGGCGGUUAUAGACGUCGGUUGGCAUAAGGCUAUGCAAGAUGAAAUUGAUGCUCUAGAACGCAAUGGCACAUGGUCUGUUGUAGACCUUCCUCCAGGGAAGAGAGCUAUUGGUAGUGGUUGGGUGUAUAAAAUCAAGUACACCGACAAAUCAAAAGUGGAACGUCUCAAAGCUCGUUUGGUUGUUUAUGGCAACCGUCAGGUUGAAGGUGUUGAUUAUAAUGAGACGUUCGCUCCAGUUGCAAAAAUGACUAUGGUACGUAUUCUGUUAGCCGUUGUCGUGUCUUUAAAUUGGGAGUUACAUUAG